ACUGUUUCAAUCUGUGUUGAACCCUGUUUCUGUUUGUUCUCCAUGUGUGUGUUUGAUGAUACAGUUAAAAUAUCAGUGAAGGAGGGAGAUUCAGUCACUCUAAACUCUGAUCUUACUGAAAUGAAGGAUGAUGAUGAGAUUCUGUGGAUGUAUGGAUAUGAAAACACUUUAAUAGCUGAAAUCAAUAAACGGGCCGACAGCUUAACUGUAUAUGAUGAUUUUCUUGAUGGGAGAUUCAGAGACAGACUGAAACUGGACAAUCAAACUGGAUCUCUGACCAUCACAGACAUCACAACUGAACAUGCUGGAGAUUAUGAACUACAGAUCAACAGAAUCAACCAUGUGAGGAAGAGAUUCAAUCUCACUGUCUAUGCUCGUCUGCCUGUUCCUGUCAUCAGCAGUAACUCUUCACAAUGUUCUUCAUCAUCUUCAUCAUGUUCAUUGGUGUGUUCAGCUGUGAAUGUGGGUCAUGUGACUCUCUCCUGGUACAAAGGAAACAGUUUAUUGUCCAGCAUCAGUGUGUCUGAUCUCAGCAUCAGUCUCUCUCUACCUCUGGAGGUGGAAUAUCAGGAUAAAAACACCUACAGCUGUGUGCUGAACAAUCCCAUCAGCAACCAGACUCAACAUCUGGACAUCACUCACCUCUGUCACACAUGUGCAGGUACGGCAGUGCUGAUAUUAGUGUUUAUUUACUUCUUUUUAACAGACUCAGUGUCUAUGAUAGUCCUGAUCUCUGCCGCCGCUGGAUCUCUGUUGAUUGUUGCUGCAGUCGGGAUCUUCUGCAUCUGCAAGAAAUGUAGAAAAACUGAUCAAGAAGGCAAGUGUCAAAUUAUAAAUGGCUGUUGA